UGUACGUUAUCAGUCAUUUAUUUUUUCCACCUAAAGGCAGUAGUGGUGAAUUAAUUAUUAAGUUAUAGGAGAAUGAUACUCAAAUUAUUGAUAGUGUUAGUUGUCAUCGGGUGCACUCUAGCCAAACCUUCAUACAACGAAGAAUCUACCAAAUGGACUGGAGGGCCUAUUGACUGGCCCUGUGAUCUCACCGAGAGCCUCUACAGGAAUGGUGGAAAAUACAUCAGCAAAAAUGCUAUUGUCACACGCGCCAUUAUCUGGAAGGACAGUGCUAUUGUUGCGUUGCCUAGAUUUAAGAAAGGUGUACCAAUAACCUUGGGAAUCCUACCGCUGUACUGUAAGGUUGGCUAUCCCACCCUGAGCCCAUACCCCUGUUGGUCUGUCCAGGAGGAAGGCAACAUCGGUGCAUUUCAGAGCGUCGUAGAUCUCUUCCUCGAUCCUCAGAAUAUUCUCUGGGUCCUCGACACGGGAAUCGUGAAUUCCCUCGAGGAACAGCCUGUGCGAACGGGUUCCCCCAAGGUCGUUGCCAUCAACGUAAAAACUGGAAAGAUGGUCAAAACUAUCGAUCUAAGUGGAAUGACCACUUCAACAUCAAGACUCCAGUACGUCGUAGCUGAUUACAGCGCUGACGGUCGUGCCUUCAUCUACGUCACUGACGCAGCCACUAGAGCAAUUCUGGUCUACGAUGUGUCAUCCGGUCAGGGUUGUCGUGUUGUCCUCCCCAAGGCCGUCACCACGGGCUGUGGAAAGCGAGAUGUUCUGUACCCAUGUCUCAUCCAUCGUCCUGAUGGCUCUGGGGUUCUCCUGCUCUCCUAUCUCAGCGGCUCCAGACUCUACAGCGUUCGCACUGAGUUACUUCAAAAUGGCUCGGCUGCGGGAAAAAUUCACGAUCUUGGGGACAAACCUAAGAAAAUGGUGAUGCUUGGGACUGACAAAGGAACAGCUGUCUUCUUCCGGUAUGAGGGAGAGCAGGCAAUCUACAGGUGGGAUGUCUGCACACCCUUCAAUGACACCAACUUCCUGAAGGUGUACGAGGGUGAUGGAUACUCUUUCGCCUCUGAGGUCAUUCCUGAUUACAAGAGAGGACGCAUGCGUAUUCUUGAGUCCAACUUUCCUGAUUUUAUCAGGGGCACUGUUGGCAUUGGGGUUGAUCACUCUCUGACAAUCAUGUAAUUAAAUUUGAUUGUGAUAAUCAAAUGAAGCAAAGACUGAAUUGGAGGUGGGUGAAGACUUCUUUUUGGAAUAAAGAAAAUAUAAAAUAAUUUUUACGAAA